GGCUUUUGUGUGUGCGGCUGCGGAACAGCAGCUGCUGUUGGCAGGUCUCCAAGCUUCGAGGUGGACAACUGAUGGAACGUGCCACUAGGAAGGACAAAACUGUUCUUUCAAGGUAGUUUGUGUGGACUAGACUGAGACCUGCACAGAAAAAUAUCUCAACCAACAGUGACUGGAACACUUGAGAACUCCUGAAUGAUUGCUUGAGGCCUUGGAGGGAAAACAUUAAGACUUUACAUUUCACAGUCAGCUCUCUUAAGCAGCUAUGGAAAUAGAAAAGGAACACAUUUAUAUUACCCCAACAGAACUUGAGAAUCUAAAUGAUGCUCCAUUUUCUGGUGAUGAAGAAAAUGGUGGGUCUGAGGAACGAAAAACUGAAAUCAAUGGCAAUUGGAUUCCCGCAACUUCGAUUACUGAAGCCAAAAUAAACGCUAAAGCAAAGAGAAGGUUGAGGAAAAACUCCUCUAGAGAUUCUGGGAGAGGAGACUCUGUGAGUGAGAAUGGAGAGACACUGAAGGUUGGAGUUGUACCAACGAGCCCAAAGGGGAAGCUCCUGGACAGGCGAUCCCGCUCUGGAAAGGGGAGAGGUCUCCCAAAGAAAGGUGGAGCAGGUGGUAAAGGAGUUUGGGGAACACCAGGUCAAGUGUAUGAUGUGGAAGAAGUGGAUAUUAAGGAUCCUAAUUAUGAUGAUGACCAGGAGAACUGUGUCUAUGAAACAGUAGUUUUACCUCUUGAUGAAAGAGCAUUUGAAAAAACUUUAACACCAAUCAUCCAGGAGUAUUUUGAACAUGGAGAUACCAACGAAGUGUCGGAGAUGCUGAAGAACUUAAACCUUGGUGAAAUGAAAUACAGUGUGCCAGUGCUGGCUGUUUCCUUGGCAUUAGAGGGGAAGGCCAGUCACAGGGAAAUGACAUCUAAGCUUAUCUCUGACCUUUGUGGGACAGUAGUAAGCAAAACUGAUGUGGAAAAAUCCUUUGAUAGACUGCUCAAAGAACUACCAGAAUUGGUGUUGGAUUCUCCCAGGGCACCACAGUUGGUGGGCCAGUUCAUUGCUAGAGCUGUUGGAGAUGGGAUCCUAAGCAGUACCUACAUAGAUGGCUACAAAGGCACUGUGGAUUGUGUCCAAGCAAGAGCUGCGCUGGACCGCGCCACGGUGCUGCUGAGCAUGAGCAAGGGAGGCAAGCGCAUCGACAGCGUCUGGGGGGCUGGAGGGGGCCAGCAGUCUGUCAAACACCUGGUCAAAGAGAUUGAUAUGUUGCUGAAAGAGUAUUUGCUUUCUGGAGAUGUAUUGGAAGCAGAACGCUGCCUUCAGGAACUGGAAGUACCCCAUUUUCACCAUGAACUUGUAUAUGAAGCCAUUGUACUGGUUUUGGAGUCAACUGGAGAAAAGACCUUUAAAAUGAUACUGGAUUUGCUGAAAACUCUGUGGAAGUCUUCUGUCAUUACUGUGGACCAAAUGAAAAGAGGCUAUGAACGGGUUUACUGUGAAAUCCCAGACAUUAACCUGGAUGUGCCACACUCCUAUUCUGUGCUGGAGCGCUUUGUGGAGGAAUGCUUCCAGGCUGGAAUCAUCUCCAAACCACUGAGAGACCUCUGCCCCUCCAGGGGCAGGAAGCGUUUUGUGAGUGAGGGAGAUGGAGGUCGCCUGAAGCUGGAAAGCUACUGAAAGUGAGACCUGCCUCCUGCAGCCCUGCAAGGGAACCCAGCUCCUGUCCAUGUAUACAGCACGCAUGCUCCUCUGGUGUGUGUAUGGAUGCACCUCUGGGACUGACCAAAUUUAACAGUUGCUUAGCACAGUUCGUAUUUUUUUAAGAGCACAUGUUUUGGGUACAAAUUGUUUUCUUUUUUUUUUUUUUUUUAAUAGUUUUGUAAAUUUCAGGAAGAAGUGUUCUUUCUUUGGGCAUAUAGUAGAACAACUAGCCACUCUGCUGUGGUGGUGCCUUGAAAUAAGCUAUCUCUGUAUGUGCCAUGUUUAUGAC